UGCAACAAAGCCACCUAUUUUCUUUAAAUUAGCGUUAAGCAUUCAGAGAAUCUCAGCCGCUCGAACCCUGCCUUCAUCACCCCCUUCUGACUCUCAACCGAUUGCAACCCUUCCCACUCUCAUCUCAUUCUUCGCCGCAUUACCUCGACGGUGACGUUGGCCGCCGUCCCUCUCACACUCAAACGCAAUCAGAGGAUCCGGAAAGCUAUGUACAACGGAAUAGGUUUACAAACCCCAAGGGGAUCUGGAACAAAUGGGUAUAUCCAGAGCAACAAGUUCUUCGUCAGGCCCAAGACUGGCAAGGUUGCAGAAAACACCAGAGGUUUCGAGGCGGAUCAGGGCAUGGCCGGUGUCUCAAGAAAAGCCAACAAGGAUAUUCUCGAGCAUGAUCGGAAGCGUCAAAUUGAGCUCAAACUCGUAGUGCUCGAGGACAAGCUGGCUGAUCAGGGUUACACCGAUGCUGAGAUCGCCGAGAAGCUCGCCGAGGCUCGGAGGACUCUGGAGGCCUCUUCGUCUUCGGAAGACACCGGUGUACUUUCACUUGAUAAGAAAGUUACAGAUACCCAGACCCAUCAAAUUGCGGCUAGAAAGGAGAAGCAGAUGGAAACGUUGAGAGCGGCUUUUGGCAUACGUGCCGCGGAACCUGAAGAAAAUGCAGAUGAGAUUGAUGAUGGACUAAGGAUUAGUAAGAAUGGUAUGGAUGAUGGUAGUAAGCACCAGAAACGUGAGCAUUCUUUUUUGGACAGAGAAUCUGGGUGGAAGAAACGUACAGAAGAGAAAAUUAAAUCUGAAAAAGAUGCUUUGAAAAAGAGUACAAAAGAAACAAGAAAGAAGGAAGAAAGGAGGCAUGGGGAUGAGUCUUCAGAUACAGAUGGUAGUGCCAGGAAUUCAAGAGCAGUUAAAAAGAAGCAACGCAAACAUAGCCGUGGUAGUGAUGAUGAGGAUUUUGAUAAGAAGCGUGUGGUUGCAAAAAAACUCAAGAAAAACAGAAGGCGUGAUAGUGAUAGUGAUGAUUCUGAUUCUGCUACCAGUGAUGAUUCUGGUUCUAGUAGCACUGAUGAUUCAGAUUCUUCUUCUAGUUAUGAUUCUUCUGAUACAGAUGGCAGCAAAAGGAAGUCGAAAGCAGUAAGAAAGAAGCAUCGAAGAUCUCAUAGGGGGAGUGAUGAUGAAGACAAGUAUAAGGUUUCACAGAAGCACAAGAAAAGCAGAAGGGAUGGCAGCAAUGAUGCUGAUUCUGCUACUAGUGAUGAAGAUGUAAGCAAGAAAAAUUCUAGAAAGCAAGCUAAGAAAUCUGAAAAGUCUCACAAGAGGCAUGACUCAGAUGAUGAUUCUAGUACUGAUGAAGAUUUGUUGAAGGCUAGAAGUAUAAAGGGGAAAGUUCAUGCUAGAACAGAAAGACGACAUGAUUCUGAGGAUGAGUCUGACCCUGAUAGUGGGAUGAAUGAUCGAGUUAAAGAAGAGAUGAAUCAACAUAGUAGCCACAGGAGACAUGAAGACAGUUUUGAUGUCAAGGAUCGCAAUAGGAGGGCUGAUGGUAAUGGAAAAGGCAAUAGAAGGCAUGAUGUGGACAGUGAAUCUGACGGUGGAAUGAAAAUGAAGAAUGACAGAAUUAAAGAAGAGAGGAAUCAACAUGGUAGCCAUAGGGGGCAUGAAGACACUUUUGGUGGUGAGGAUCGGAGAAGGAAGAAUGAUCGAAUUAAUGAACAAAGGAGUGUUUAUGAUAAGUACAGAAGACACAAUGACGAUUCUGAAGGUGAGGAUUGCGAUAGAUGGAUGCCUGGUGGAAACAAAAAUGACUACAAAAGGCCUGAUGUGGAGUAUGAAUCUGAUUAUGAGAAGUCUACAAAACCUGGUCAUAGAACAAUUGAGAGAAGUCAAAGAAGUGGCAAGGAUGAUCACAGGUUUGAUAAUUCUGAUGCAAGUAGUGAUGAGAAAAUACAAAAACACAAAAGUAGGAGACAUGAUAAUGAUGAUGUGGAACUUGAUUCAAGAUCAAGAUAUGGUAGGAAAGUUAGUAAGAUUGAAAGGCAGACAACAGUUGAGAAGAGGCUAGUUUCUAGUGACAGUGAUAUCAGUGAUGAUUCUCGUGCAAAAGGUAAUGAUAGUGAUUUUGGAACUGGUGUUCGGGACUAUGCUGAUAAUAAGAUCCAACGAAGAAAGUCUGUUGUUGAGAGCAAGAUUGAGCACCGUGAUGAUGUGAGCAGAAGAGUACCCCGAACAAGUCCAGAACAUGACUUUAGAUCUGAUGGACUAGGUGAUGAAAGGAGAAGAAAAAUAAGUGGUUCAAGUGAUGAUGAACACCCAAAGAAGAAUGAUAAGAAAUACUUAGGAUUGGUUAGAUUCGAACGAGGUAGUGAUGAGGUGGCUGAUGAGCGUAGGGGCAGAAUUUACAAGAAGUAUGACGAACAAGAACAUGGUGGUAGGACAGAUCAAGAGUUUGGACAACGUGGAGUAGACCGGAGGCAUGUGAGGAGUGAAGAGGAGCAAAGAGUGAGAAAGCAUGGAAGAGAUGAAGAUGAUUAUAAAUAUAGAAGGCAUGAACGAGAGAUCGACGAUGAAUACCAUGGAAAUAGGAGCUAUAGAAGGGAUGAAGAACAGAAACAUAAAGAUAUUGACAGGGAUAGACAAAACGAUUAUUCCAAGAGAGCAAGAUAUGAUGAUUCCAGGUCAAGUGAAGGAAAAAGGCAUGAUUAUGAAAAACGCAAGGAUGAUAUGGCAAGGCACUGAGAUUGAUUCUACUUUCUUAUCGCUGCACAAUAUGGGUAAUAUUUUGUUUCAGUCCUUGUCAUCUCGAAGCUGUUGAGCGUUCUAAGCCAAACCAUCUAGGACAUUUCUCAUAUGAAGAAUGAAAGAGAGAAGAUCACCUGAACUGAUGAAUUUUCAAAUUUGGGGCAUGUUAGACUUUUUUCUGUUGCGGGAUCAUGCAACUCUAUUGUAUUUACACAGUCGCACUUUGUGAUAUGCGUUUUAAUGUUUUCACCUGAAGAUUGUGCUUUCAAAGUAAUAGUUUUGUCAGAAAAGUAAA